AUGGAUUCUGAUUUCAAACAGGCUAUUAUUGAGAAAUUACGACUUAAUGGCACACUUGAUCGAAUACAGGCAGAAUUACGCUGCGCUGUAUUUCUUGCAAUUGAAAGUAACGAUGAUAGUGAAUUGAAAGUGGACGGAAGUAAAUUGGACCAAAGGCUUGGCUAUUCAAUCAUUUAUCAUUUCCUCAAACAAAAUCGAUUCCUAGCAACAGCAGCAGUGUUUGAAAAAGAAAUACAUCAGCAAAUUAUCUCUUUGGAAGAAUUAAAAAAAGAAAAUGUUGCAACAUUCUGUUUUCAAUUUUUUGGUGACACCAUCAACUUAUCAAAUUUCACCUCAACCGAAAUUAAACGAACAAUGAACGAUUUACAUUCUACUAGAAUUGGAAUUAAUGAAAUGAGUAAUAUCGAUUCAAAUUUUGUUUCAUCUCUUGGAGAAAAUAACAGUAAAAAAAAUGAUGUGGAAACUAUCGAAAAGCAACAAAUAGUAAAUUUCGAAUUGAAUAGAACUUUAAAAAGUCUUACUUCGGAUAAUGAAAUAUCGAACGAUGAAAAUGAAGCUUCCAACAGAAAUGAAGGAAAAAGUGGAACAGAAAUACAAGAUGAUCGAUCAAUCGAAAAAACAAUUAAUAAUGAUAAAGUAGAGAAAUACAAUAAUGAAAAUAUUAAUUCAAGUUCGAAAUCAUCAACAAUUUUUGAACACCAGCAACUGCAACAAACUGCAAAGAGGUUAUCAUCAUCAUCAACAAAUAAAUGUCAGCAACAAUCGACCAAAUAUAUCACAUCGUUAUCAUCAACUCAUCCCAGAAAGUUACCACCAAUUAUACCAGUAUCAAAUGAAUCAGCACCAACAACAAAAUUACCAUCGAUUUCAUCCCUGAAUAAACCAUCGAAUCAAACCGGAACAGGAACAGUAGCAUUUUCAAGCCUGCUAGAUACUAUACUAAAGUCACCAUCAUCUAAUAAAAGUGAAACAGAUGAGGAUAUUGUGGAAGAACUUAUUGCCGAUGAUUUGUUGCAGUCUGAUAACAAUAGCGAUGCUACAAUUUCAUUUUGA